GAUGCUUUGACUGUAUUAUCGAUUGUUGUGCAGCUCUAGCUCUUCCAAUGUGUUUUCUUUAAUAUUAGCAAAAAAGUGCAAUUUUCUUUGUAACGUUUUAAAUUUACUGUAAUAACGUGAAUAGUGUAGAAUAUUAAGCAAGUGCAAGUGAUUGCAAUCAAAGUUAUAAUGUCCAACAGCGUGUAUGCCAUUGAAAUACCAAUGAACAUCGACAAAAGGACGGAGACGCAACGCGUUACUCUAGCUGUUGUGUAGUUUUUUCUGUGUACACUGAUUAGAUACCAAUUGCAUUUAUUCGUAAGAAAUGCAUUGGCAAAAUGACAUAGUAUCAAAAAGUUUGGUAAAUCAACGAAGGAACAAUUAAAACAAUAACAACGAUACAUAAACACACAUACAGAGAAACACAGUCACACACAUGGGCAUGUGCAGAAGCGCUGGCUAAUCUAUUGUAAAUAAACCGCAUACUGCUUGUCUAUUGUGAAUGCGCACUGUUCUCGGUCACGUACGCCGUCGUCGUUUGUUAUUGCAUCUGUGCUUCUUAGCCGAAACUAUUGCGAAUUUGUUGAAAUUAUUUACCGAUAUCAGUUGACGAGCCUUGCGGCAUAAAAAAGAUCAAAGCGGCUAAAUAAAAGCUGCAUAAGGAGUGCUAAACGACGCCAUUGACUUUAUCGCCAAAUGUUGCAGGACAACAUUUUACAAACAACAAGUAAAUUGCGAAUUUAAAAAAUUAAAACAACUACAAAGCAAAGCAGCAACAACAAAUAAUUAUUGUGUCAAAUAAACAACAACAAAUUGUGCAAAAAGAGUGUAAAACACACACACAGAGCUUAAGAGUGAAGGUGUAAGCGAAAAGGCAAGAGAAAAAUAGAAAGAAAUCACGCCUAAGCGUAGGCAACAGAAAUAAAAUAAAUUAUGCAAAGUUUUUCACCAAAGAAAAUACAACUAAAGAAAAUGUGCAAUAAACUAAAAAUCAAACAAUAAACAAUUGGGAUUUAUACAACGAGCAAGCCAGAGAGAGAAAGACAAAAAGAAAGAGAGAGAGAGCGAGAUAUAUUAAAAAAAAAGAGAGCGAGAAAGAAAUUCAACGAAGCGCACACAAUUACAGAUUUAGAUCAACAACAACAAAAAGCUCGUUGCUACGAAACGACACAAAAAGAACGCAUGCUAAAAUGUCGUCAGAUAUACCGCGCAUUAUGGUGUUCCGUCCCACCUGGGAGGAGUUCAAGGACUUUCCCAAAUAUGUUGCCUAUAUGGAAUCACAGGGUGCUCACAAGGCCGGUUUGGCCAAGGUGGUACCACCAUCCGAGUGGGUGCCUCGUCGCAGCGGUUAUGCGGAUUUGGAUGCAUUAAAUGUCACUAUACCGGCGCCAAUUUGUCAAGUGGUAACCGGUAAACAGGGUUGCUAUCAACAGAUCAAUAUACAAAAGAAACCGUUGACCGUUAAGCAGUUUAGCGAAUUGGCCAGCACUGAACGUUAUGCCACGCCCAAGCAUUUCGAUUUCGAGGAUCUGGAGCGAAAAUAUUGGAAGAAUAUAACCUACGUAGCGCCCAUUUAUGGUGCGGAUGUUAGUGGCAGCAUCACAGAUACAGAUCAGGAUAGCUGGAACAUUAAUCGUCUGGGUAGCAUCCUGGAUUUUGUCAACAAGGACUAUAAUAUUCAGAUCGAUGGCGUUAAUACCGCUUAUUUGUACUUUGGCAUGUGGAAAACCACAUUCGCCUGGCACACUGAAGAUAUGGACUUGUAUUCGAUUAAUUAUCUGCACUUUGGUGCACCCAAAACGUGGUACGUUGUACCGCCCGAAUAUGGACGACGUCUGGAGAAGGUGGCCAAUCAGUAUUUCCCGGCCAGUUACAAGAACUGCAAUGCGUAUUUGCGUCAUAAAAUGACACUCAUAUCGCCACAGAUACUCAAACAGCACAAUGUGCCCGUUAGCAAGAUAACACAGGAAUCGGGCGAGAUAAUGAUAACGUUUCCCUUUGGCUAUCAUGCUGGCUUCAAUCACGGCUUUAAUUGCGCCGAAUCGACUAAUUUUGCCAUGGAACGUUGGAUUGAGUACGGAAAGCGUGCAACGCAAUGUACCUGCAGCAAUGACAUGGUCAAGAUCUCGAUGGAUACGUUUGUGAAGCGCUUUCAGAGCGAACGCUAUGAUGCCUGGAUGGAGGGUCGUGAUUUCGGUCGUCAUCCCGAGGAUCCACCCAAUGCUGUGACAACAGCGUCGCCACUACCACCACAUCUCGAUGUGCUGUUGUGUGAUAAGAAAAUGAAGAAACAAUGCAAUCCCACCAAGGCCAAGAGUUUUAAGGAGCGCAAUCCCGAUUUGGACUUGGAUGAAAUCCAACAGAAUCCCAAUGUGCCCGACGAUGUCAAGGCCAUGCUUAAAGAGAGCGUUCUCACGCUGCACGAGGAGGAAGCCGACUUUGCGCCAGAGGAUGCGAGUUUGCAAAGUCCUGCUGAUUUCAAGACCAAACAGGAGUUGCUUGAAUAUAUAGACGAUGGCACUGAGGACGAUGAUGAGGAGGAGGAUUUUAAGCGUCGCAAGCAUAAGCGUAAAUACGACGCGGAUUAUGAUGAUGAUUGGCUGGCAAGCAAGAGACGCACCAAUUCACGCAACAGCAGUCGUGGUCGCAGUCCGCGUGCCAAUAAAGAUGAUCGUUCCAUAUCGCCAGCAUCCUCCACAUCCACCUCCUCCACAUCGCGAGGGGCACGCGGCGGCGGUGCGCGUGCCAAGGCGAAUUCCACGCCGCGCAAGACGCCAACGCGGCGAAAAAAGGAGGCAGCCACAAGUGGCACCAGCAGCAGCAGCAAUAUCACAGCAGCAACAGCUGCAGACAGCACAGCAGCAGCAACGGCAACAACAGUUGCUGUCGUUAGCGAUGGCGGCGGCGGCGUUGGCGUUGGUGGAGAUGCCAAACGCAGACUCAACGAACAGCAACAACAACAACAACUACAAUUCAUGCAACAAGUGCGAAAAUUUGAGGGGAAAAUACCAAAACUAAGUCAACAGCAGCAACCGCAAAGCGUCAGUGCAACGCCAACAACAACCACAACAACAUCUAGUCAACAGCAGCAGCAACAGAAAAUUGUUAGCCUCAAAAUGUUGCCAGCAGCAAAUACACUGAACGGCAUUCCACAACAACAACAACAGCAGCAGCAACAACAACAAUACAGCAGCACAGACGGCAACGUCUAUCAGCUGCAAAAUGAAAUACUCUGUGAUGCAAAUGGACAGCCGACAACAACAGCAACGGCCACAUAUCAAACAACAGCUGCUGCCGUUGCCAGCAGCAACAGCAGUCCACAACAACAGCAGCAGCAGCAGCAACAUGUUGCCGACAAUGUGGUCACAACUAUUAGUUCGUCCUCCAUUCUGCACACGAACGCCACCACAAAUGGAGCAACGGAACAACAGCAGCAGCAGCAGCAACAACAACAGCAGCAACAGCAGCAGCAGCAACAACCUCAAUAUCAUUAUAUAACCACAACUGGUGAGGAUGGCCAGACGCCAACAACGAUAGUGUUUGAGAAUUAUAAUGGUGGUUUGCCAACGACGACGGUUAGCGGCGCAACAACGGCAACAGCGGGGAUUGGUGCUUCUGAUGGUGGUGCAACAACGACGACAACAACAACAGCACUGGUCAAUACGGAUGGCACAAUCAUUGAGUUCGAUGGCAGCACCUAUGAGGAAUAUCAUGUGCUCAAAAGUGAGCCCGGCAGCAGCGAUUGCCUCAGCAAUGGCAGCAGUGCUGUUGCCGCUGAUAUUAUUAAAUAUGAGCCACAGGAGCUGAUGGAGGAGGAUGAGGAGACGGCACUGCAGGUGAAAUACGAGGAGCAGAGUCUGGAGCAUGAUCAUGAGUUUGAGGAUUACAUCAAAGAGGAGGCUGAGGCGGAUGAAUCUGAAGUGGGAGCGGGCACCACCACCACCUACACCAUCAGCAGUCAGCAGCAGCAGCAACCACAACAGCAGCAACAACAACAACAGCAGACCAUCAAUGAUGCAUUGCCUGGCAUGAUGUCCAAGGCGGCGGCGGCCAAACAGAAGCGUAAGCGUAAAACGCGCGUCAUUGCGGAGGAUGAACAGGGCGAGUAUCUGGAGAAGAUGAGUGUGCGUGGCCUGGACAUUGCCCGGUAUGAGCACAUCAUCGAUGGUGUGGCUUAUUGUCUGGUCUGUGCCAAGAACGACAUCUUCAAGACGUUCAAGAACAAGUACAGCUUCCAACGGCAUGCCUAUCUCUUCCACGAGGGACAGAAUCGCAAGAUCUUUGCGUGUCCCAUUUGCAACAAGGAAUUCUCGCGACCGGACAAAAUGAAAAUGCACAAAAAGGACAAGCACGGCGAUGUGCCCAUGCCGCCCUCCACCAAUGCCACGCCCCAGAAGACGGAGGCAAGUGGCACGCCUGCCGCCAAGCGACCGCGCACCUCCCGCACGCCGCGUGUGCGCAAACAGAAGGGCGGGGAGGCGGGCACGCCCAGCAGCACGCCGGCUAAGAAGCGUUUGGCGCAGAUUGACAGCGUGUUGGAUGAAGUGCAGAAUGCAGAUGUCGAGCAGCAGCAACAAUUGCAACAGCAGCAUCAACAGCAGCAGCAGACAACAGCAGCAGCAACGCAGCAGCAGCAACAACAACAGCAGCAGCAGCAACAGCAGCAACAACAACAGUUGCAGACACUGCCUUCAUUAGACUUUAGUGGCAUGAUAUUGCCAGGUGGUGCACAAUUGGCAUUGGCCAAUCCCGGCGCCAGCAGCUCCAUGGCAUUGCAACGUGGCCAGGCGACGCCAACGCAGACAGCGCAGCCGACAACAACAACACUCAUCUACUCGAAUCAACUGGAGUUGCAGCAGGCGCUGUUGCAGCAACAGUUGCACGGCCAGAGCAUCAUGAUACAGGAUCAGGCGGGUAAUCUGGUGCCAUUGCAACUGGAUGGCACACAGGCGAUAUACACAACGGCAGCAGCACCACAACGAGCACAGGCAACAACGUAUCAGACAACAACACAGCAGCAAUUGCAACAGCAGCAGCAGCAGCAGCAACAAGUUGCCACAAGUCAAUCACAGACACAACCCACGCACUACGAACUGGACAAUGUCACGUAUUUGAGUUCGACGGGCGCUGCCACGCCCACACUGCCCAACGAUCAGCAGCAGCAGCAACAACAACAGCAACAACAGCAGCAGCAGCAACAUGUCAUUGGCACCGUGCAAAGCUAUCAGAUUCUAACACCCGAUGGUCUGCAGAGUUUCCAACCGAAACUGGAGUCCUCGGAACUGGGAGAUCUGUGUCCAUAUACGAUGAGUGCCACUGGAGCGCCUCAAUAUACAUUCACCACACAUGCGAGCACGCAGCCAACGCUGAAUGCGAAUGCGCUGGAUUCGCAAACACAACAACAGCAACAGCAGCAUCAUCAGCAACAUCAGCAACAAUCGCAGCAACAGCUGCUGCAACAACAUCAAUUUGGCCACAAUCCGCAUCAACAGUUUAUGGAGAUUAAGAAUGAGUUGCUGAUCAAGAGCAGCGAUGCUUAUACGCUGGAUGCCGCCUCCAUGUAUCACCUGCCCUUCUCGCCCACCUCGAUGAUCAAUGCGGUGAACGAUGUGAACACUUCGUCCUUGCUGGAGACCAAAGAAAUUAGCUACGAUAUAUCAGAAGCCGUGCUUUUAGCGCUCUGAAAAGCAAAACAACAACACAGCAAAAACAACAACUGCAGCCAAAGUACCAAAUAAAAUAAACACUUAUAUUUGUUUAAAAUAAAAAAAAAACUAUAAAUGAUUUUAAACAUAACAUAUAAAUUAUUAAAGGAUUCUAAUGAAAAUCAGUCAAGUCAAAGCAUCGCAAAUGGAAACCAUUUUCAAUGUUAGCUCUGAUCGGAAAAUCCUCUAAACAAAAAAUAAAAAAACGAAACCUCAACAUCACAUAUGUUUUAUCAUGUAUAACGCUUAAAACAUGCCCAUAAUACUCA